AAUGAAUACACGAUCAUCUCCAUCUGUCCUCCGCCGCGGAACUGAACGGCAGAGAGUCUCCUUAGAACACUCCGCUGUCAACUGUUUCAUCAAUUUGUCGCGGAUUUAUAUUCUCUAUGUUACGUAUCUUUGAAUGGAGGCAUAAUUUUUCGCGAAUUAGGGCUCCAUUGUUGUUAGAACUCUCGGAGAUGGCGCGGCAAAUGACGACUUCCGCUUUCCACAAAUCAAAAACCCUUGACAACAAAUAUAUGCUUGGAGAUGAGAUCGGGAAAGGGGCUUAUGGAAGAGUCUAUAAGGGUUUGGAUUUGGAAAAUGGAGAUUUUGUUGCAAUCAAGCAAGUUUCCCUCGAGAACAUUGCUCAGGAGGAUCUCAACAUCAUUAUGGUCUUAAUGCACUAUUCAACCUAUGUAAGAUAAAUAAGAGGAGACAGGAACAGGCUGCAGAAAAUGGGAUCAUUCCCCACUUACUGCAUUUCAUCAUGUCAGAUUCUACUCUAAGACAGUAUGCUUUACCUUUGCUAUGUGAUAUGGCUCAUGCAUCAAGAAAUUCGAGGGAACAGUUGCGAGCCCAUGGAGGACUGGAUGUGUAUCUGAGCCUUCUUGAAGAUAAUAUCUGGUCGGUGACUUCACUAGAUUCUAUUGCUGUUUGCUUGGCCCACGACAAUGAGAAUAGGAAAGUAGAGCAAGCUUUGCUCAAAAAGGAUGCCAUCCAGAAAUUGGUCAAGUUCUUCCAGUGCUGUCCAGAACAACACUUCUUGCACAUAUUAGAACCAUUCUUGAAAAUUAUCACGAAAUCUUCUCGAAUAAAUACUACUCUGGCAGUUAAUGGACUGACACCACUGCUAAUCUUGAGACUUGAUCAUCCAGAUGCAAUAGCUCGUCUGAAUUUGCUUAAGUUAAUAAAGGCUGUAUAUGAGCACCACCCGCGUCCCAAGCAACUGAUUGUGGAGAACGAUCUGCCUCAGAAGCUUAAGAAUUUAAUUGAGGAGAGGAGAGGAGAGGAGAGAUGGACAGAGUUCUGGGGGCCAAGUUUUGGUUAAACAAAUGGCCACUUCACUCCUUAAAGCACUACAUAUCAAUACCGUUUUGUAAUGUAAAUUUUCUUUAUUUAUUUUUUCCGCUUGUGAAGUUUCACAUCUUAUUACCAAUCGUAGUUUUGCUUUGUUUCUUUUCUUGUCUUUUUCUUUGGUGUUUUGGAUAAUUUUUAUUUUUCAUGCCCAUCAAAGUUUUUGUAAUUAUUUUAUUCUACAAACAAAACUGAUGUGGCAACGCAAUGUGUAAUCUUAUCUAAUAUUAGUAUAUUUUAAUUUU